GGAGCAUAGUGCUGCAGAGAUUCUGGGAUUCGAGGCAGUUAUAGGUUGAUAACCAGUGAUCGAUGGACUGCUAGGAGCUCGAGCUAGCGCUUAGUAUCGGCUAGCGUCGCUGUGGAAUAUCAGUCGUAUCUGUGCUAUGGUUUGGUGCAGAAUUAUUUCUUCGUUUCUCUGGAUUUGUGCAGAUUUUUCUUAGCAAUGCUGAGUGGAUUAUAUUAUCUGAAUUGUGCACAUUGUUGGAUUAUUUUGCUUUGAUCUGGAUAUUUGUUAGCUUAUAUAAAGCGACGUGAGAUUUUGUGCGGGAAACGCAGUGGAUGUACUGCCUUUGACCUUGCUUCUGGACUUUCUACAUAAGAUCCUUCAUAAUGUUGUCAGUGCAAAUAACAUAGACAAGCAAUGAGCACAGGAAGAGUACAAACUCAGCCGAGAAUGUCGGUGAGGAAUCGGCGCGUUCCCGAGCAGGGGUACAGCUCCUCUGAGGGUGAGGAGGACCCGUUAACUCACGGUUACGAUGACAGGGUCAGACCAGAUUAUGGCCCACCGCCACACAGGACGACAUCACUUCAUCGGCCACCGAAGGACCCAAGAACAUUGGGCCUGACGACUGACGAAAGUGUGAUCUCACCGCUGGAUACGGCCGACACGCCGGGCAUGCGCCUUUAUAGCUACUUGAGUGGGUCUGAAGGGGAUAUCGAAACCGAUCACCCGGAUCGGGACCACUGGGAGCAGGGAUCCCACAGUUCGCUAUCAUCUCAACAAAGUUUGUCGCACUAUUCUGUAUCGGAUAAUGAGAUGUCCAAUCAUCAUGCGAUUGGGAAUGUGUCCACACUACCAAUGCCCUCCAUUCCACCCCCUCCACCCGAAGACCCCCCACCGUUCGACCAGCAGCAGCACCUGCUGAACAAAUACCCGCGCGGGAACUACGCGGAGACGGAGCCAUUGGAGUUGCAGCGGCGGGGCGACGAUGGCACGCUCGAUCAUAAAUACUACAUGGUACAACAACCAACAGGGUCGGGGAACUUCAUACCACCUGACUAUGAUCACGGCGAGAAACCACCUUUCCCGCGCACGAUUCCUCCUGCGCGGCCGCCAGAGAGGCAUUCACAGUCAGGAAUGCCGAUGCAUCAGUCCAACUUUCCACGGACGGUUCCUCCCAAAAGUAAUAACAGUCUUCCACCCAGAGCAAUAAAUGACCCAGGGAGCCCGCAUCGGGGCACACCCACAAAGAUGAUGGAUGGACGAAUGCCUGACUACGAAAGCCUCAACUCGCUCAACACUCAGCACAAUAAUAAUACUCAUGAUAGACACCACCUACCACCCGUACAUCCGUCCAUUCCAAACGCAAGCGUGCCUGUACCGUCGUACAGCCCCGUGCAGAACGACUUCAGGAAUUACUCAAAGCUGAGCAAUGCGAGUUACCGAGUAAAGAAGCAAAUCAAAAAGAAAUGUAGCUGGAAGAUUGCCGUACUUGUCUUAGUUAUAAUUGUGGUCAUCAUGGCUGCAUGCCUCGCAUUUCUAGCAGCUUCAUCUGUGUUAAAUAAGGGUACGACCCCUGUCUCGGAUAGGAACCGAACCCUUGUCAGGGUAUUCACAACAGGUGCUACAAGCUAUGCUGAGGACUCCGGUUACUUGCGACUAGGCAAGACGUUAGAGAAGGAAAUACCUCCCUACAGCUUCUGGAGGAUGCAAAUGUCAAUACACCACCCGGACUUCAUGAAGUUUAAUUUCUCCAUUCCCCGCUAUGCAGUGAUAGGCUUUUAUGGUCGGCAUAACCAGUACCCUACACAUCUACAGAAUGACUACAGUGCAAUAUUCGACGGACGGAAAAUUAAGGAUCGACGGAAACGAGACACAACGGAUGCAUAUACUGCCCAGGACAAUAUACGGAAUACGUCGUAUCACCAUUUCUUCGAGGUCGGCACGUGGUAUUUGGCGUUAUAUAACGACGCACCGGAUCCAAAUAAAGUGACCAUGAAGGCCGGAUAUCUUGAUAACCCUGACACGAGCUGCCCAAAUAACUGCAAUGGUCGUGGAGAGUGCCGGAACGACAAAUGCUACUGUUACCCGGGUCGUGCUGGAUAUGAUUGCUCACAGGAAACAUGUCCAGUCCUCUGCAGUGGCAACGGCGUCUACGAUCGCGGCCAAUGCAAGUGUUUCAAGGGCUACAAGGGCAAGGAAUGCUCGACCAAGGCUGAUGAAUGUGAGGUCCCCAACUGUAACGGCAAUGGAGAAUGCGUGAAGGGCCAGUGUGUCUGCACGGCGGGUUUCAGAGGCGAGGACUGCAGCAAACUUGACUGCCUGGUCCCCAACUGCUCGAGCCACGGCGUCUGCAUGAACCAGACUUGUCACUGCUUCAAGGGCUGGCGCGGCCAGGAUUGUGAGCUUCGUGACGUCGUCAACAGCAUCGCCGUCUGCGCAAAGAACUGCACGGGCCACGGAGCAUACGAUAAGAAGUUAAAGAAGUGUGUGUGCGAGGCUGGAUGGAGUGGGCUAGAGUGCGAUGAAGAAAUCUGCAUGUUGGAUUGCGUCAACGGCAAAUGUGAGAACCGCCGCUGCCAGUGUGACGAGGCCUGGAGUGGUGCCCUCUGCGACCAGCUUACCUGCGACAAACGCUGCUACGAACACGGAUAUUGCGACAACGGAACGUGUCGGUGCGACCCUGGCUGGAACGGAAAGCAUUGUUCACUCGAUGGGUGUCCUAAUGCAUGCAACAAUCACGGUACAUGUCAACAAUUCCAAGAUGGCUGGCGAUGCAGUUGCCAGAGCGGAUGGAAGAGCGCCGCUUGCGAUGUCGCGAUGGAGACCACGUGCGACGAUAGUGCAGACAAUGACGAUGAUGGUUUGACUGACUGCAUCGACCCGGACUGCUGCGUGAGUUUUGCCUGCAAGGACUCGCCAUACUGCGUCACGUCACCCGACCCCAUGGAGAUCCUCCUAAGGAAACAGCCUCCGAGCAACACUGCAUCAUUCUUCGAUAAGAUGAAGUUCUUGAUUGAAGAUGACAGCGUUCAGAGUUAUGCCACGCGAUCUUCGUUCAACGAGAGUCAAGUUUCUGUGAUUCGAGGCAAAGCUAUGGCAAAGGAUGGAAGCCCUCUGAUUGGUGUGCGCGUCAGUGUGACAUCACAGCCUCUUUAUGGAUUCACUCUCACCCGAGAACAAGGACUCUUCGACAUCUUGGUCAAUGGCGGCGGUUCCGUCACCCUCCAAUUCCUGCGCCAGCCCUUCAAGACAAAGGCUGCAACGGUUACCGUCCCGUGGAACAAACUCAUCACGAUGGACCCCGUCAUCAUGACGCUCGGAGACGAGGCAAUCACCGCACCUGAGCCUUGCCCAGACACCAACCACGACCACUACUCGAUGCGACCGUUGGUCCUCUCGACUUGGGAGCACACCCAGCUGGGAUCUUGUUCGUCGAAAAGCGCUAUUAUUCCGGAGUCUCAGGUAUUACAAGAGAGCCUCCCAAUCCCUGGGACGGACCUUCACCUUGUCUACCACAGCUCCGAGACCGCCGGCUACAUGUCGACCAUCAUGAUCCAGCUCACACCCAAUAAGAUCCCCGACACUCUUGCCAUCGUUUACCUCAGGAUUGCGGUCCAGGGCCUGACGUUCGAAAAGACUUUCGAGGCUGAUAUGGGUCUGAAGUAUAAGUUUGCCUGGGAGAGACUGAACGCUUACAACCAGAAGGUUUAUGGAAUUGUCAGUGCCAGAGUGUCUGUUGGCUACAAGUACGACAACUGCAUGCACAUCUUCUGGGAGACGCAGACUGCGACCAUGAGUGGAUACGAUAUGCCCUCAUCUGACAUCGGAGGCUGGAAUCUUGACAUUCACCACACGUACAACUUUCAAGAAGGUAUCCUUCACAAGGGAGAUGGCACCAACAUCUACCUGAAGGAGAAACCCAAAAAGAUCAUCACGGUCCUCGGCAACGGCAGGCGGCGAAAACUCGAUUGCAAGGGGUGCGAAGGUCCAUCGCAGGACAAUCGUCUUCUGGCACCGGUGGCGCUGGCUAGUGGUCUGGACGGGAGUCUCUAUGUUGGCGAUUACAACUUUAUCCGGAAGCUUGCGUCGAGUAGACAACAUGUGAUGAGCAUCUUGGAAAUGAAAACUACCCAAGUGCCAUAUAAAUACUUCAUGACGGUCAGCCCCCUCGACGGUAAACUCUACAUCUCUGACUACGAGAGCCGGCGGAUCAUUCAAGUGAAAACGAUGGGUCGCGUACGUGCUCUGGACGGAAACUUUGAGGUCAUUGCUGGCAAUGGGGAGCAGUGCUUACCUGGGGAGAAGGAGAAGUGUGGGGAUGGAGGUCCCGCAUCUGCGGCCAGGCUCAUGUACCCAAAAGGUAUUGCUAUAAACAAGGACGGGAUUGCCUACUUUGCUGACGGUGCCAACAUCCGGACAGUGGACAGGGUCGGGACGAUCGAGACAAUCAUCGGGAACCAGGAACAGCCCGGAGAGUGGAAACCAAUGCCUUGUCAUAAAGCUGUCACUUUUGAGAAGAUGACUCUUCGAUGGCCCACCGCUUUGGCCGUAAACCCCCUUGAUGAUACAGUCCACGUCCUAGACAACGACAUGGUCCUGAAGCUGACACACGACAAGAAGGUCAUCAUCAUCGCAGGACGGGCCGUCCAUUGCCCGCCACGGAACAACCAAUCACGCCUGGCAUACUUAGAAGAUGAUGAGGAAUCGUCUUUGUUUGCUACCGACGUCGUCUUGCACAGUCCUCAACAUAUCGCAUUCGCUCCUAACGGCGACCUCUAUAUCGUGGAAAGUGAUCAACAGUUUAUAAACCGGGUCCGAGUCGUCACGACUGAUGGGCGUAUCUAUCAUCACGUCGGAGCCAAGUCAAAGUGCGAUUGCAAGAAAGCAAGCUGCCGUUGUUUCGACGCGAAGGAGAUUUUGGCAUCACAGGCGCUGUUGAGUAACCCAACAUCUAUAACGGUGACACCAGAUGGCGUUUUGCACAUAUCAGACAUGGGGAAUCUCCGCGUUCACUCCGUGAUGUCGAUCCUCCCGAAACAGACUCCGCAGAAAAUGUACGAGGUUUUGUCACCCGAGAUGCAGGAAUUAUACAUCUUCAAUCGGUACGGACAACACAUCCAGACGAAAAAUAUCAUCACCGACGAAUUCAUGUACAACUAUUCCUACAGCGUCAACUCGUACUACGGGAAACUGACCGCCGUCCAAAGCAGCGGCGGGAACAAGGUCCAAAUCAUCCGCGACUACACGACAUUCGCCAAAGCGAUCAAAUCGCCAAACGGACAGGUCUGUAAACUCGAACUCGACAACUUGGCCCGAUUGGUGAAAUUCAUCUCGCCGGACAACUUCACGACUUCGUUUUCUUACCUCCACACGAUCGGAUUACUGGAGACGAAACACACGAGUACCGGCCACACCUACUUCUACGAGUACGACUUCAACGGACGGCUCUCCCGCGUGAUCCAACCGACCGGCGAAGUGAUGAAGAUUUUGACGGACGUCGACUCCGCAGGUGCUGUUGCACAUAUAAGCACCGAUGGCAAGCCUGAUGUGACUUUGGCAACCAAUGGCAAUCUGCUUUCAAUACUGCAUGGAGAGGCAAGGUCAAAGAUUUCCUAUACCUCCGACGGAUCCUUGGUUGUAGAAUACCCCACCCGGAUGGCAGUGACCAUCGAGACGAGCCCACAUCCGCUACUCAGCUCCGAGUACCCAAUCAGUAUCCGACGCAAGAUCAUCCUGCCGCAGAAUCUCAUCCACAGGUUACAAUGGCGGUAUUACAUCCGCCGUGAGAAAGAAAACAAGCGCGUUAAACGCGUGAAAGAGAUCGGUCGGUGGAUGAGGGUAAAACGACAAUCGUCUCGGAAUGUUGGCGCUAACCCCGGCGAGCAUGAUAUGCAUGAAGUAGGCUACAACGGGAAGGUGCUCAUGCUUAACGGCGAGAACCUUCUGACUGUUUCAUUCAACCGCUUGACGAACACCGAAACCGUUUUCAACAAAGCCAUCGCCGAAAUCCUCAACAUCGUCUACAACAAAGCCGGCCAGCCAAUCAACUACCUCCCGGUGAAUUACUUCCGCGCGGUCAACAUGACGUAUAACGGCCAUGGCUUGGUGACGUUGUGGCAACGCGGGGAACUCCAGGAGAAGUACGAGUACGAUGAGAAGAGUCGUCUGCUGCAGAAGAAGAUCGGGACUAUUGGGAACGACGUCGAGUACCGAUAUAUCUACAGGCAGGGGAACAAGCCGACCGAUGUCAUCCUCCCCAGCGGCAAGCAGUACCGUUUCCUGUACGACGAGUGGAGCAACCUGCACCGCGUCAUGACCCCGAGUCUCGGCCACCACCAAUUCCACACCCUCACGACCAUCGGCUUCCAUCGGAAGAUCUACAUGGCGCCCAACUCGCACGGUUUGAGCUUCAUAAAGGACUACAACAGCAACGGAAAACUCAAACACAUUUUCUUCCCGAGUCAAAUGCGACGAGUUCUGUACACGUAUAACGACCAAGGCAAGCCAUCGCAGAUUAUAUUCGACCAAUCAGAUGUGACGUAUAACUAUCAUGCGGGAUCGGGAAGUAUCCAAAGCAUCGUGCUCUUGAAUCGCGCCCUGCCGUAUAAGAAUAUUCUCGAGUUCGUCCCGGGUUCUGCUCUCGUGAAAGAACAGAAGUUCUCUAUCGACCAUCAGAAGGAGAAGUUCCUGAGCGCACGGUUUAGUUACCUAUACGACCACAGCUUCAGAGUGACGUCACUGGAGGCACAGAUCGGAACCCAUGUCUAUCGCCCUAUAAAUAGCACUUACGGAGCAGAAAAUGGCCGCCUGGAGAAAGUGAAGUCGUUCACGUUCCAGUAUCCUCAGAUUGAUAAACAAGUUAUUCGCGAUAUUAACGUGGAGAUUACGCGGGAAUUCGACAGCUAUGGCCGCCUUAAGGACAUGCGGUAUAAAUUCAAUAACUUUGUUGUUUACACUCUCCAGAUCUUAUACGACAGCAUGAACCGCGUGAGCCAAUGGCGUCGAAAGAUCGGCGACAGGAAUUUGAAAACAUUCGAAUACAAUUACGACAUUGACAACAACGUCGUGAACAUUCUCGUCGACGGCAACUCAAAAUGCAAAUACGCCUAUGAUGCAAAUAAUAACAUGGCGUCUGUGACCCGGAAUGGACAUGCGAAGACCUUGAAGUUUAAUUCACGUGAUCAGGUUGAAACGUUUGGACAGAUCGCGUACCAUUUCGACAAGGACGGUUUCCUGAUCCAGCGCGGCAGUGAGGUGUACGAGUAUAACUCGUUUGGACAGCUCGUUCACGCUCGGCGCGGCAACGAUUACGAAGUCUGGUAUUUCUACGAUGCGCUGGGUCGCCUCGCCGCGCGCAAGAACGAAAUCACCGGGCACUUGAUGCAGUUCUUCUACGGUGACGCUACGAACAAACGACGCGUCACGCAUCUGUACAACCACUCGACAAAGGAAAUGUCGAUGCUCUUUUACGACACAAACGGAAAACUCUUCGCCUUGGAACGUGACAACACUUUCUACUACGUCGCAAGCGACCCGAUGUGGUCGACUGUCGCCAUUUUCAACUCCAUGGGAAUCGUCCAGAAAAUAAUCACGUACUCGCCCCUGGGCCUCAUGGAGAGCGACUCAAACAAACAGUUUGACUUCCCGUUCGGAUUCCAGGGUGGAAUUUACGAUUACGAAACCAACAUGGUGUUUAUCGGUAAACGGAUAUACGACCCGACGAUCGGACGGUGGACAGCACCGGAUCUGGAUCGGUUGUUUGAAGUUGCUGAGUCGGCUGCUUACGACCCGGAGAAGAUGAAUUUCUACCAGUUCCGUAACCCGAUCAACAACCACUGGAGGGAAAGGGACCAGUACAUGAAAGACAUUCCUAGUUGGUUGGCUCUCCUCGGCUACGACCUCAACAGCCUGAUUCCCUCGGUGUCGUUCAGCGGUACCAUCCGCCAAGACAACCAGAUUUCACGGAUCUCCGAUCUAAUGCCUGUGGUCUCGGCGUUCGAAUGCGCAUUCGAACGAGACGUCAUCGACUUCGCACGCAUCAGCACCGUUCCUCGAUCACAGAUUACGCCAUCCGUGCAAACGACGCCGAUAAAAUCAUUCGGUCCGUUCAAGACCAUUUUUGGCGACGGUGUCGUCGUUUCAAUUGUCGAGUCAAAAGCCGUCAUCAAUUUAUUGUCGUCAGCGAGUGAGGUUUCAAAACGUUUGGCGACAGUUUUACUCAAUGAUUCGUCGGCUUUGACGUCGUACUUCACAAUCAACGGAAAAGACGUUCAUUAUUUCGUCAAGGAUGAUUUGUCGCAAGCGCAGAUCGACUUGGACGAUCUGGGGAUUAGUUCACACAUUGCCGCAUUGGAGAAUGGGAUUAACAUAACCGUGCAUGAAGCGCAGUCUAAAAAACGGCGCAGGAGUCCAGACAUUCCGCUGACUAGUGCAAUAGAUAUAAGAUUGCACGGUAAUCAUACCGUUUUAAAUAUUCGCUAUGGGACUACUAUAGCGAAAGAAAAACAUCGCGUGUUCGCACAUGCGAAGGAUCGGGCGGUGGAGCACGCCUGGGCGCGGGAGCGUCAGUUAUUGCAGAAAACGAUGCACAGUGUUCAUAAGUGGCGUAACAUUGAAAGGGACCAGUUACUAAAUAUGGGGAAAGUUACAGGGUAUCGGGGUGAGUAUAUAAGAGACAUUGACAAAUACCCCGAGUUAGCUGACGAUCCGCAGAAUAUAGUAUUUGUGCCGAUAAGCUAGUUGUGCAUUCUACGUACAUACAUGGACUCGCUGUCAUUACUGCAGCUGCUGAAAACAAAAAAAGCAUUUUUUUACGAAGAGCAGAGAAAAACUAUUUAUUGCGUGACGAGUGGAGAUAGAAUAUAUGCUUUACAGAGAUUAUGAUAUUUUUGGGGUUAUGUCGAUUGCGUGUGACCAUGACCUUGUGAGCGACCUUGCCCUUCGAGGUGAAGGUCGUCUCUUCUGGUGGAUUUGUGAUGUCACGGACUGCAACCGAAACGCCCUCUUUUUACCUGUAAUUGUUUGUGAUAGAUAACUUUACAGAAACCGAGUAUAAUGCUCAUUGACCUAUCCAUGACAAAAUAUGAUUACUCGUAAACAAUAACUGAUCAACUGUGACGAAAUUAAUAGAAGGAAUCGGGAAAUUAUUGUGACUGUGACGAUGUCAGUGCAUGGGAGGAAGCACAAACACGAACAAGGAUUUUAUAAUAUUGUGCAUAUGGCUUACAUUUUACCGUUCAGUUCGGAGGAUUUUUUGGUGUACAUUUGCUUUCGUUUCUUCAACCUGAUAUUCUCAGUCCUGCGAUACACAUGUGCUGUCACAAAUAAUUGAUUUAUACCGCCAUGGUUUUUGCACUUGAUCUUUAAAAGAUCACUUGUUUUCCUACAACCGAAGAUUAAGUUGGCUUUGGCACUGGUACUGUUCCACUAUUUUGUCCAGCACAGAAAUUAAUUUCACGAAACAUGGUGCUGUAUUUAUGAAAAAAUUUGGGACGUAAUAAUGAUAAUCUUCCUGACAAAGGCCAACAGCUCUGACACCUAUCUAUCCCCUAAAUCCAAUGACUUCCAGGAACCCACUGCCCUUUUGAGGACUGGUGAAGCCAAUUUGGGAAAAGUUCAGAAACGUUAUGAUUUACUUCAAAAAAAAUCACUCACGUAACAAAUAGUGCCAUCAGAAAGUUCUGAUUGAGAGCUUUCAAAUGAAUGGUCAUGCCAACAAAUUUACUAAUGGUACCAGCAGAAAAAGCUCAUCGAGGCUGUUCCAAUGAUAGGUUAUACAUUUUGUUUCAUGGCAGAUAAAUUAGUUUGUACAAUAUCUAUGUGCUUAACCGAAUAUAAUAUAUUGCUAUUUUGCUCUAGAAUUUGUUGAUGCGAUUUUACUCAAGAUGUACCAAUUGUAAUCAAUUGAGGUUAACACAUUGGGUUGACUCCAAGAACAACGUGAAAGUCGGUCUCGGAAGUCACCAGACGGAUUUGCGGUUAAGAUAUUAACACUCUGUGGUGGAAAGUGCUGGCUAAUCAAAUUUUGAAUGCGCUUUCUACGACUAAAAGACUUUUGAGUUGUUUUCCCGCCCGUUUUGACGACUUUGAACGGGAAACCCCUACUAAAACUGAUGAUCACGCACACUACAGGAAUUACUUUGUUCUCGGAGUCGACGCCGUUCUUAACCUCCCUAAUCUCAUGAUUGUUUUCCAAAUGAGAAGCAUUCUGAGAACUAUGUCCUAAAAGUUAGGAUGAAGCCCUAUGUUGGAGGUGUCACAUGAAAUAGUCACCAUGAAUAGAAAUGCCCUGAUUGGUCAGUUUCCUAGCACUGACCAAACAGAAUCCUUCCGACGCCAUUCGACUUUGUCUUGUCACCAUUCCUUCCAGUUGUACAACGUAUAAGUGACAGUGGUUUUAUUCCUUCUGAGAUGCCAAAAUUGCCAAUUGCCACUUAAACUAGGGUUGUAGUUUAACAACACACUUUUUCGCACGUGCACAUACUUUGUCAUCCAGAAUCAAAAAAAGGGGUGACGUCAAAGGAUCUGUGUUUGUGGGCUGGUAUUCCAGGAACACAUCAUGCCUAUCUCCUGAGGGCUGAAAAAAUAACACCUAUUCUAUACCUUUUGAACUACCGGUAGCUGAUAUAAGAUGUCCCAAAUCAGAAAACGUUGGCAGAAUCUUUUGUGUAACAAGGGAUCACUGUGAAAUUUUGCAAGCCUUCAUUUUGUCAAACGCGAAUGUAAACAAGCACCAAGGUUUCAACUGCAAUGAAGUAGCCAUUAAAUUUCAGCAGAAAACGCGGUAUUUAGUUCGCUGCCAAUUGACAUUGCAUUGAGCAAAAUCACCAAAUGUUAUCUUCACAAAGAUUUCACGAUUUACGGCAUACUGGUACCUGGAUGUCAAACAAAAAAACAAACCUGUCAUACAUUGCUUUCAUCUUAAAAGGUCCUGGACUUGAAGCCUAUACUAGUCAUACCUUGCCUCAUUACUUGGGCACGCUGGUAAAGCGGCGAUUUUUUGCGUUAAAAGUCAGGUACAUGUACCAAUACACAACACUUUGAAUCUGUAAAUAUGACAUAUCUAUAGCCAAUUAUUGUAUAUACUAUUCAAUGUGUAUUGCCAUAGGUAUAUGCCCAGUGAUGCAUCAUAUUAUGGACAGAAAUUUCUUAUGAAUACAUGUCUAUGUAUAAUGUAUUUCAUCAAAUACAUACAUCUUGUAUUUCAUUAAAUACAUUCAUCGUGUAUUUGUGUAUUUCAUUAAAAUCAUACAUCAUGUAUUUCAUCAAAUACAUGUAUUCUGACGUAAAAUGUAUUUCAUCAAAUACAUACAUUGUGUAUUUCAUCAAAUACAUGUAUUCUGACGUAAAAUGUAUUUCAUCAAAUACAUACAUUGUGUAUUUCAUCAAAUACAUGUAUUCUGACGUAAGAUGUAUUUCAUCAAAUACAUACAUUGUGUAUUUCAUCAAAUACAUGUUUCUUUUAUCAGGUAUUCCAUGUAUUUUGUGACUUACUUAUGUCAUGUAUUUUAUGAAAUACGUCGUAUUUUCUGUGUAAGCUGAACCACCAAGAGGAAGACCAUGUGCUCAAAGUAUAGACUAAAGAAUGUCUAUUUUUCUAUGGCUGAUUUGAAUUUUUUUAUCAAGUUUAUUAGCAAGGUCAACCGAUAUUCCACGGAAUUGCGUAUAUCGCAAAUUUUGUUAAAUUUGUAUAAUUUGCGACAGUUUGAUUUCGUUAUGCAGACAGUCAGCUUUAGCCUGUGUUAACCAAGCCUAUGAAUGAGCUGGUGCAAUACCAUACAGAAUACACGGUGCCUAUUUAAGGCUUAAAUGAGGUUUCCUAGACUAAACAUUGUACCCCUUGAACAUGCUUACAAAAAGGAAGGUUGUAUUCUCAAAUCAAAAGAUGCGAAAGCAUUGUUUUGUACGAUAUUAUAAAAGACUCCGGUCAAUACCUAGAGAUGUGGUUGAACACUGAUCCCCUGUUCAUUCCCUCCUUGAACACUGUAUGUAGAGGUUCUCAAAGUGCACCGGCCCAUGCAUUAUGUUUCUAUUCAUUCCAAAGUUACCCGGCAACGAUUCUCUGUCUUAAUAACGACGAUACAGAAAUGGGUACCCAGUAUAAAGUACAAGCCUCAAGAAAUACUCUGACCACAUGAUUGUACUCAACAAGUUCAUGCCUUGUAAAGUACUCAAAAAGUACAAGUACUCAAAAAGUACAAGUGCUCAACGAGUACAAGCCUCCUGUAGUACUCAGCGAGCAAAAGUUAAGUACUAUAAGUACAAGCCAACCCCACUUUGGCUUGGAUAUUUUGUGCUUUGGAUUUCUAGAAUAGGCAAAGUGUUUUUAUAAUGAAGCAUAUUUUUGUUUAAAAGCCACAAUUUACUGCAAUUUAACUGAUUAUGUGCAAAUUUGACAUCCCUUGGAACAAAGAGUAUAGUUUACUGGUACUAGUUUACCAGUUUACCAAUACAAGUUUACCAGUUUACCGGUACCAUUUGACCAAUGUACCAUUGCUUUAUUAAACAGAACUGGCAUUGUAUAGGUAACUUGAUAAACUGCGGUGAUAUAACCAAAUAAUGGUGAGUUGCUGCCAUGGAAUUAAGAGGCAACUCACUGAGUUUUUGCAUCAUGGCCAAUCUGCAUACAGCAUGAGCUUUACAUAUCAUUUGCAUAUCAUUAACAGUAUUUGGCGGGGAACCCCAGCUUAAAGACGUAUUUGAAGGGCCUCUGUCAGGCAGUGAACUGUAUGCAUAUUCCACAUUAUCUCCAUUAUGAUGAGUGUUACGCAAGAAAUCUGAAUAUUAUUACGAGUGUAAUUCUGCGGCAAAAAGAUACUCUCUACUCCAAGCUGCAUGACAUAUGCAUGACAAUUUACUGUACAUAAUUAAUUAGGACUUUUGCUAUACCCAAAGACCUCUGUAUAAACGACCCGCUUUCAGUAAAUGUAUAGUGCUUCGUGUUCCAUGUAUAUACAUGUACAGAUUUAACCUGUGAUGAUCAUUAAGAAAAGGACAUGGAAUUUUUCUCUGUAAUUUUGGUUAUGCAGUCUUCAUUUCAUCAUAAUUGAGCCUUUUUUUAUUGUACAAUUGUUACAUAUGCUGUACAAAAUGCAUGCAAGAAACCAUUCAAGUUUUCAGGAACUUCGUCCUCACCUUAAAGUAACUGUCACAGUCACUGGUUACCAGUUGUGUGAUGUCGUAAACUUUCCGAAUUGUCACCUGUCAUCAUUUUAAAUUAUCCAAGACCAUUUCCUUGUUAUGUCCAAUAUUUUUGUGUCAGUAUAUAGUGAAUACUCUAGUUUCACGAAUAUAAGACCUGUGAAAUUGAUAUACAGGCCAUUCCACAGAGAGACACUAUGGCAAGGGAAAACAUAGUGCUGCCAACUGCUGUCUUUCUAAAUCGAUCAGUUUGAAUAACAUUUAACGACCAUGUGCAUAAUAUCUUCCGUUUCUUGAAUAUUUAGGAACAGUCUUAGAUUGCUGAAACUAGAGUUUCUGCCCUAGAGCAUUAGCGCACACAUUUCAGGGGAUGUCCGCAAUGUAAUUACGCACAGUGUGUCGCCCAAAAAUUUUUACAUGUUUGUCAAGAGGUCGAUUUGGUAACUCCUUUGCCUGUGACGGUUAUUUUGGUGGAGACCGUUUAUGUAUCAUUUGCCUGUGGUGGUCAUUUUGAUGGGGCGUCUCUGAAUUAUCCAUGCUGAUAUUCAUCGCAUACCAUUAGCGAAAGUUCGUCUGAUUGAUUAAUGAUAAUGUAAAUCCCAAAUUAAUCUCAUGCCUUUUAUUUUUGUGUUCUUUUGCUUUAACAGAAAAUUGCGAAAAUAUCUGGCGUUGAAAAAGAAAAUGUAAUUGAAAAAUUACCAAUAAAGGAUUGGGUUGUCAGGAUGCUAAAAUAAAUGUUCACAAAGAGUGCGAUUUUACAAAACCGUGAAAUGAAACUGCGGCAAAUAUUUCUGAGUUCACAGUAUUGCAAUUACAAGAUGGUUCAUUUCUUUUUAUGAGAAUUAUAAUAAUGUCUGUUUUGUAGGUACAUUGUAUAGUUGGUAAUUAAUCAAAAACAAAUUUAGAUAAUUAACCUCCAAUUACUAGUAAAGCCACUUACGAAUCUGAAACGCUUGUCUAAAUUUUAUGAUUUAUAGAAAUUUGUCUGACAUGUUGUGUCUUCGAUUUGAAAGCUUGAAGGGUUUGCAAUGCAAGGCUUUUGCCUCUUGUAUCGUUAAUUAUCAUUGUAAAAAUCGCUGAAUUCCAUGUAUAUGUAGGCCUACCCUGUUCUAAAUACAUAGUUGAGGUUUAUUCCAACACAACUGUGAUGGCAUGGACGUACACUUUAAAUGUAGAGGUCUGUACCAUUGUGCAUGUGAUUUUGGGAGCAGAAUACAUUCUAAGCUAAUAAGAGGUCACACACACUACUGCCUGAUAGCCCCGAUGCAGUUGGUUCAGUUAGGUGCAAAUAGGUGGCAUUUUACAAAAUUGUUUUAAGGAUAGAUGUCAGAAUCACAAGAUGAGAGGUGAAAUUUGCUUUUUUUUUCGGUUUAUGACUCAGUAAAGGAAAGCAAGGUUAUGAACUAGUCAGAUAAUAUUUACCUAGAUUAGGUGGUAAAACCUUUUUUUGACUCAAAGUUACGCCACCAAAAAUUUUCAACAUAGAAGCUUUUUGGGACGCUCUGUAUACUUUGACUUGAGAAAUGGUAUACCUCCAGUUAGGGGUUUCAGUUUUAUGCAAAUGUCUACUCAGUCACAUGACUUGAUAGAAUAUUAUGUAAUAAUGUGCCGUGAAUGUAAAAAAUUGUAAAAUAAGUUGUUAUAGAUUGUUUAGACUCAUCCUAGAUUAUACAAUAAAGACGUAGCUAUGUUGUACAGUGAAUUGUACAUUCGUUUCCAAUAUGUCUCAUUUUGUAACAUUUAUGAUUUCAACAUGACCUUUGUUGUACAGAUGCUCAAUGGCUAUUAUUAACACAAUCUAUCAAGUACGAAUAUAUAACGAGAAAUGUUCUUUACGACAAUGAGGCCAAUUGUCACUGCAUCAGAAAUUUCCACGUAACUCGUAAAAUAAUAUAAUUGUUUUACUUCAUAACAAUUAUUAUCGAAACUGCAAUUUUAAUAGCGGCAAAACGGUAUCGUUAACAUAUUUGACUUGCGGACAGGCGUAUGUUUCCUGAUUAAUAUUGUGUCAGAUUAGUUAAAUUCUGUGAAUCGUGAAAUUUUUGCGAUUUUCAAAAACUGAGAUCGAAUUGCGAAACUUCAUCACAGUAAAACGUGGUUUUAAGAAAUACGCCCAUUUUCAGGUAUUGAUUGAUGUUUUCGCAAUCUCAUAACGCUUUAUAAAAAUCACGGUUUACAGGAAUGAUAUUUUCCUCUAGUUUGGUACCAUAUCAGCGAAAAAGAAACGGUUAUUAAUUCGAGCAGCAGUUUAAAGAUGGCAGUAUGCAUCUCCCUGUACCUGCAGAUCUGCUUUGCACAGCACUGUAGACCUGAACAGAUAUUCUAUUUAUAAACCCACUCAGUUGAUCUCAGCGCCUAAAGUGUUUCAUAAAACUUGGGGAGAACCAGGUAAAUUGAUUGUGAUGGUGAUAGGCUGCAGAUAUUGGAGUUUGAAUGCUGCCUCUCAUGAACUGUUGAUUCAAGUAUAAAUAUGGCAGACUUGAUGUCGAGAACCAGUGCUUUGAACGUUAUGCAAAUUGCUUCCAGCUGAGGCGUAAAGAAAACCAUUUAUGUAGCCAGUGUGACAAACUUCCUAGAUUCAAAAUCAUCACUUUAAAGAUCUUUUUGAGAUUUUACGUUUUACACUAACCUGGCCCCUUGCCUCACUAAGAAAAAUAGAUAGAUGUGUUCUGUUUAUUGUUAUUGAAGCGAGGGGCGGGGCAUAUUUUACCCAUCUAUUACUCAUUUUGACCAUGACUGCUUUAGUGCCCUAUAAUUGCCAUGACUAUUGUAGCAAACAUACAUCAUGACAUGUACUCUGUUAAUUUUUAGUGGUGUUUUGUUUAUAUUUUGAUGGCAAUAACUGUUGAGGACUGGGUGGGGGGGAAUUAAACUUGAAAAAUGAGUGGCACAACUAAUGUUGUUGGCUCUUAACCAAGGGUCGAUGGGUUCAGGCUCCAUACUGAGAAUUUUGGUGUUGUUGACAUUUGAAUAAGCCCUGUAUGAGCUACUCAAUGAUGCUAACUGGAACUCUGCGUGGAGCCCUUGACAAAAUGUAAAUAUAAAAGUGAGGAUUGAGAAAUUUGUAAAGUGUUUUGAAAAUUUUUAAAAAUUGCAUUUUUAAAUCACUUGGAACUUCGAGAUGAACUUUUAUUUUAUAUCUACUUGGAAUUUGUAAAUGCACUGUCAUUGUCCGAAUCACAUAUGAAAAAAACUUUACCAUUUCUUGUAAUUUCUCAACAUCUGCCCAGUCCUUUGACAAUUAACAUAUGUCAUCCCAUAUAAGGGAUUGACUAUUAUUAUUAUUAUUACAACACCUUUAUUUAUUGUAAUAAGCGUGGUUUUGUAUUGAGGAAACGCUCCAAGAGAAUUCUGUCUGUGCCAAAGCAGUCUAUUAAUGAAGCACGGUAGCCUAUUCAAAAGUUAAUUUUGCAUUUAUUUUUGUGAUACACUGACAAUCAUUAGUUGGAUGUAAAUGUAUCAAUAGAAACUGCAGCGACAAACUUCAUACUUAACACUCCUCUAUCCAGUUUUCUCCAGGAAUAUAUUUUUUCGUUCGGAGAGAUUCUCAUUUUCGGGAUUUCCUUUUUGCGAGGGGUUGGUUUAAAAACCGUUUGAAAUUGAUCAUAUUUAUUGAGUUGGCAGCCCUGCUCUAAAAUUUUCCAUGGAGAGCACUGAUUGUCAGCAGGGCUUUGGCUUCAAACUUAAAGGGACAAAAGCGUCAAAUUUUUAAAGCACACUUGGCUUCUAACUUAAAGGGAGAAUGAGCUUUAAACUUAAAGGGACAAUGAGCUUUAAAAGCUUAAAGGGUCAGUUUGCCUUGUCACUGUUGAUUGAGAUUUGGGCUGUUACCAUGUACAUGCAUCAGAAUUAAUAACAAGUGACCCCGCUAUUGGGAUAUGCCCAUUCACUCGUGGCUAGGCCACGAGCGCUUCCUAUUUAAGUUCAGUGUUCCAGUAUAGAGGGCAGCUCAAGCUAAUGCUCUACAAACUGUUGAUGCACGUCUCUCCUGAUGUAGGUCUGCUGUAGCACACUCUACACAGGAACUGUACUAAUCAUCAUGGAAUUAUCUAUGUACUCUUCCUUUAAGAAAAAAGUGGAAAACCAAAUGCGUAGAAUCACCUUUGUAUGAAGUUUGCCUGCUGUCAACUAGAUGUCAACAAAAUUUGGUGGAGAAUACUCUGUGCAUUUUCAGAAGAAACUAUAUAAAAUGCACAGAGGCAUCUGUCAAACUUGUACUGAAGUGCACACGAAUAGUAACUCACUGAGGAUUUGUAUCUGUUUUUUUAUAAUCCUUUUUUCGUCGUCUCCAAGAUAACAUGCCAAAGUCCCCUGGAUAAUUUUAUGAACUGUUGUCACCCUAUUUUGUGAUUUUACUCGCCCAGCAUUGUCAUGCAAUAAGGUUCAACGAUGGAGUCUUCUGCAUUGUUUCGUCAUACAUUGUAAAUGUACUUUCUACAAAUGUUACAGUUUCCCCUGGGGUUUUUAGCCAGGGAUAUGGGACACAUGUAUAUCUAUUGUGCAGCUGGGAUUAGAGAUGAUGUGCAGAAAUUUACAAUGAAUUGUUUUUGAUGUCAGAAGCAGUUUAAUUUAUUCUUUAUUGCAGUUAGUGAACAACUUACUAAGUGAUCUAAUAAUUCUCUUUUUGCAUUGAGUCGUAUUCAAGGGGUUCAAAUACAUUUUCUAUUUAUGCGUAACACUGCACUUGUCACUAUAUACAUGUAGCAAUUGCACUACAUGACAAUCCAAGAUAUGAACUACACUCUGUGCAAGCAUUGUUAUUCAAGUACAUUAUGAAGAGAAAUGGCACUUAAGUUCCAUGUGAUCACACUAGAACUACAUGUACACGUCACUACAUUGCAAUUGCCAGUUGCACUGCAUUGCAAUAGCCAAUUGCACUACAUUGUAGUUGCAAGUUCCACUACAAUUGCAAUAGCCAAUUGCACUACAUUGUAGUUGCAAGUUCCACUACAUUGCAGUAGCCAGUUGCACUACAUUGUAUUUGCAAGUUCCACUACAUUGAAAUAGCCAAUUGCACUACAUUGUAGUUGCAAGUUCCACUACAUUGCAGUAGCCAGUUGCACUACAUUGUAUUUGCAAGUUCCACUACAUUGCAAUAGCCAAUUGCACUACAUUGUAGUAGCAAGUUCCACUACAUUGCAAUAGCCAGUUGCACUACAUUGUAGUAGCCAAUUGCACUACAUUGUAGUAGCAAGUUCCACUACAUUGCAAUAGCCAGUUGCACUACAUUGUAGUAGCCAAUUGCACUACAUUGUAGUAGCAAGUUCCACUACAUUGCAAUAGCCAGUUGCACUACAUUGUAGUUGCAAAUUCCACUACAUUGCAGUAGCCAGUUGCACUACAUUGUAGUUGCAAGUUCCACUACAAUUGCAAUAGCCAAUUGCACUACAUUGUAGUUGCAAGUUCCACUACAUUGCAGUAGCCAGUUGCACUACAUUGUAUUUGCAAGUUUCACUACAUUGCAAUAGCCAAUUGCACUACAUUGUAGUAGCAAGUCCCACUACAUUGCAAUAGCCAGUUGCACUGCAUUAUAGUUGCAAGUUCCACUACAUUGCAGUAGCCAGUUGCACUACAUUGCGAUCAAUCUAUAGCUGCUGUCACAAAGGUGGUAGAGCGUCGAUUCCCGGCCGAGUCGCCACUUAGAAACUUCCUACUGGUCGAUUGAGCGUUUAGUAGCUGCUUGUUGAAACCCCUGAUCGAUGAGAAACCAUGGAAAUGCACUAUAUGAGAACCCAACAUGUUAUUAUUAUUAUUAUUAUUAUUAUUAUUAUUAUCAUCAAGAUUGUUAACUCUUUGCCUACCAAAUGUGUUCUGGAAUAACUGCAAAUUCCCAUAUUUUAAAAAAGAGUAUUCGUUCUUGACAAGAAACAUCAAACGUGUUGGCCGUUGAAGAGUAAAACUGUACAGCCCAAAAACCAAUUGACUCUCCAUUGUUUUCAUUAACCACUUGUAAUCUACGAUUCAAGCUCUAACAACUACAUGUUAAUCAGGGUGCUAAAGGAGGCCUGUUUUGCUUAAAACCAGUUAUUGUUUGAAGUAUUUGCAUCGCUUUGUCUAUGAAUUGAGAUCUAGUUUAACUGCAAUGCAAAGUUUAUGCAACAGUUAUGGAAUACAUGUCAACUAAGUAUCAACCUUACAUGUACAUUGAAAUAUUUUAUAACUUGAGGUGAAGUAAAAAUCCAAUCAUUCCGAUACUCAACUGUUGAACCAUAUAAACCACAUCUCUCAAUUUGACAUGUCCACUUCCACAUUUGCCUUAUGCAUGGCAUUGAAUUUAAACCAGAAAAAUUUAGCCAAUGUUAGCUUUUUCGAAAAUUCAUGAAAACUUGAAUAAAAAUUUAAAAACUUUUCUGAAUCAAGAGUAUUUAAUGCCAAGUCCACAGAAACGAAAUACCUGCGAAAAUUUCGGGACUUACAGUAUCAGACGUGCCAAUGACAAGUUGCUCUUAAAACCAGCUUAUAACAUUGAGUUCUUCCUGUUAUGCAGUGUGCAAAUGAUUGUAUUGUGAAUUUGAAUGUAAUGCCAUCAUAUCUAUAGUCACAAGACAAGUUGAUAUUGUCAAGAAUUCUUUCACGAGCUAUUCUGUCUUUCUGUAAGAUAUUUGUCUUUUUUUUCCAUUAGCGAAUAUACGUGUUGUAUCUCAAAGUGUUUGCAAGUCACCGAUGAUGAUAAAAUUGUCUUGAUCUGGGAUGCAGCCAUUUACAAUUUUUGCAGUUUUCUCCCUGCUUCGCAAAGACUGAUUUUUGCCUGAAAGUUACAUAUAUCCAGUGCUGUUUUGGCAGUUAAUAUAAUGUGUACCAUGUUAAUUUCAUUGUCCUAAGUGAGUUACUAUUUUAGAGUUGAGACACAGGAAGCAUUGCCUGUGUAAUAUGAUACAAUAUACAUCAAUACUCGUUUGACGACUUUGAAUCGGCAUCAUGGUAGAGGAAGUGAACAAAAUUUCCAGAUUUGUAUGUGGGAAUGCAUACGCACAAAAAAGGACUACAUUUUACUUAUAAUUAUAUGCACAUGCAUAACUGAAUACAAAGCCUGCAGAAAAAAAUCCAAUCUCGGCCAGUUGCGGUGUCGAUUUCAAGUUCUCGAAGGAGUACAACAAUUAUACAUGAUGAUACAACUAUACAGUGGAACCCCCUUAGCAGACACCUCCCUACUAAGGACACCUUCUCUAUUAAGGACACUGUAUUUGGUCCCAAAUUGGUCAUUUUCAUUCCAUUUGACCUCUGUAUACUGGUCACCUCUCAAUUGAGGACAGCAUGUCUGUCCCAAGGGUGUCCUUAAUAAAGAGGUUCCACUGUACGUGUUUGAGGGUGUUUUGACAAGUUCUAGGUGGUGUGCCGGUCGAAUAGGUAGUUGUGUAUGCUAUUUUUGUACAGUGGGUAGACAGGACCAAAACACCACCUUGGGUGUAUCAUAGUGUGUAUAAAAAUAAUGCUGUUAGGACUUGGUAGAAUUCAAAUAUCUCUCUAGUUUUGCAAGAUAUGUUGUAAUCAAUUGAAAGAGACUGGCUCCAAUUUUCUGUUUACAUUUAAAUCAAGGCUACUGUUUGCCCUGAUUUUGCACACAAAAAGUGGUCUUAAUCGAGAAGGACAAGGAAAUAUCACAAGAUUUGUAAAAAAAAUUGCUAAAUCAGUUAUCCUUAUCCUUUGAAAUUUUCUUCACCGAAUAUGUGGGCUAUCAUCCAAAAUUUGCUUUUCUACUUGGAACUCUGUCCAAUGAACAUUCAAGUUAAAAUGGUUUCAGCUGAGGGUUUUAUUCUAAAAUGAUAGAUGGGAGAAAUUUGAAUUCUGUCACGGUUAUCGAUUCGUUCUUUCAAAAUUCAUAAAUGUCUGUAAACAGAAAGGACUAAUUUGGAGUCCUUUCGCCGUGGGUCUGUAUCAAAGGGAUGCCUCGCUUGAAUCUCAGUUGGCAAGUAGGCCAACUCCCUUUGGUAUUGAGCCAUGUUUCUACAUGUAAUGAUAGAUUUGUGACACCAUAGAGGCUUCUAGAGGUUGUCUCUUUGCAGUAUCUUGUAGAUCUGUUCAUUUUUUAUAGAUAUGCUUUUCAGUCCGUGUAUGCCCUGUACAAUUUGCAAGAAAAGAUUCAAGACAAUAAAAAUAAGUACAUUACAUUUCCA